AAAUAUCUAAACAAUACUUCAGUAAAAGCCAAAAAAAACAGUGAGAGUAGAAACAAAACACAAGGAUUUCAACAUAAAAUUUAAAUUAGAGACAGGCGGAAGAGUUCAUUAAGAACAAGUUAAUAUUUGUUAAAACAAAAAAGAUGCGAAGAAAUGCACGCUCAAAUCAACAUGCAGAGGAUUAUCCAAUUUCUACCGUGCCAUAUCACAACAUACUGCUCAAUGACUCAGCCCCAACCGAAGAUUUUCUGCAGAUGGACGUCAUAUCGGCACGAAUACCCACCAGCUACAAUAACAAUAAUACACAUCGUUUCGAAAAUACUAUAGAGGCCAAAGUCGAAACCGGUGAUACGUUACAAGCGAUAGCACUACGUUUCCAUUGUACAGUGGCCGAUAUUAAGAGACUAAAUAAAAUCGAUAAGGACAAUGAGAUUCAUGCCAGAAAGGUAGUUAAAAUUCCUGUAACAGUUCACAAUGUACUCUUGGAUAAUUUACCAACCGUUCAUAAGAGCGGGAAUAACAGCCCUAAGCCGGGACAAAAAUCUGGUGGCAACGACAGUCGCGACAGUAGUAGUGGUUUAAAUAGUAUUGUACGGAAUCCCCUCGAAGACGCCGAAGCCAUGUUAAGUGAAAAACUGAUGGUUGCUUCUGUGAAUUCAUCAGGUCUAGACCAAGCAUCCACUAGUAAAGCUGCAUCAGCUAGAGAAUCCAGCAUAAACAACAUCAUAUUAAAUUCAAAACUGAAAUCGGGAGCUGUGAAUGUCUAUAAAGAUGACGCAAGUAAUCUCGAUGAUCUUUCAACACCUCUCAUAACAGACAUUCUUGACGAUUCAAUUAAUUUGCCUCAAUUACAUCGUAUACGCGGACCAUCAUUGCGCGCAAUGGAUUGGUCUGGCUCUGAUUGUGAUAUGUCAUGGAUUUGUCUAUUCGUUGUCAUUUUAGCGCUGUGUUUCGUCAUUCCCCUUGUUUACGUAUUCUACAUAGCUGAACAUGCUCAUCACAAUACAACUGGAUCAAUAACACCAAUUCACCAUUGACAUUUAUAUAAUGCUAAUACCUUUGUCUGGUAUUAAAACACAACUAAAAGUAGGUCAAUAUAUUACUCUACGAAUUGUCAAGUAAAACAUAUUGACUUUGAAACUAAGUGAUACAAAUAAAAUUUAAUUUUUUAUAGACGUA